GUGCGUUUUGGGGACGGUAGUACACACAAUUCGGAGCGCGCACGAGGAUUUUAGUUGUGGACUUCCUCCUCCGCCCCUCUGCAGAGCUGCAAACAUUCGUCUUCGUGUGGGGAACUUUAUGAAAGCAAGCAACAGUAUUGUGACUGACUGAAUAUUUUGUUUUUUCUCAAAGACUUGUGCAUACCGUAUGCGUGUGCAUAGCAGAGAGUGGUAAACAAACGUGAUGUGCGAUACGCUGCUAAGAGCAGUUGGCAGUGUGAUGUCGUGAGGUUGGUCGGAAGUUAACCAAGCAUGGACCUGGAAUACAAUUCGCAGAUCUUCACGUUAGAUUUGCAGGAGGAGGAAGUGCAUUUGCAGCUUUCAUCGGACGAUGAAGUAGAGCUAGAGUUGUGCCAGACCCUGAGAUUACAGGUAGAAGAUCUCCAGAAGAGACUUGAGGAGAAGGACAACAAACUCAUUCAGGCGAACGAGGUGAUCAGAGCACUGAGGGAUGAGGUGCAGAAACUGCAGCAACGGCUGGAGGAACACAGACGGAAGGACAGAGAUGACGACGCCAUUGGACAGAGAGACCAGCAGUGCCAGUGUGGAAGAGGAAAUGACAUCACUGCAUUGGUACGUGAGGAGCCAUGCAUGGGGAACGGAACAGCAAUGUCAGACUGUCAUGCCAGUGAGCCAGAGCCCGGUUCCUCAGAUACAGAAGUGUCACAUGAGGACCAGGAUAUAAUGACAUCACAGAGUCCUCCACCGUGUCCUCUGAAAAUCAACACUGCUCUUUGUACUGAGGGUGUUGAGAUCUCUCCAAACAUCUUAUCCUGUACCUUGGAAGACGAUGCUGCAGGUGUACUUGUGUCGCCUGGUGAUGGUACACUGACAUCACCACAGGAACUAACAUCACCACAGGAACUGACAUCACCUCAGGAACCGGAGGAUGAACCAGCAUAUGUUCCACUGGCUCCUGGUGACGAUGCUGAUCUGACAUCACCACGGCAACUGAAACUACCUAUGCUGUCAGUGAAGCUAGAAGACUGCCGUGAAAUGCUGGGGCCUGACGGAGUGUUUAAGAUUAAAACCGAAGAGGACAUCAGCGAUGAGGGUGACGACGAUGAUGAAGAUUACCUAUGCUAUCAGGAUGAUGAGGACGACAGUGAUUAUGAUCCAAAAGGUGAAAGAUUUGGCUUCUGCCAUCAGAACAAAGAAACUCAUUCCACACCUGAAGAGGGCUCUGAUGAGCCUGAGGGAGGACAGAGGAGACAGAGAGAGUCGAAGAUCAAGGCAAAAGCUGCUUGGGUCAAAGCUUACAAGUGUGCAGAACGUGGCAAGACAUUCUCAUUUACAAGCCGGCUGUCUGUUCACCAAAAAGGGCGUGCCAGAAAAAAGCCCAUUACCACUGCGUCUCCGUUUGACAACACAUCCACUGAGUCACCUGUAAGGUCUAAAUCAAAUUACCAGGAUCCCCAUGAAUGUGAUGUAUGUGGGAAAAUACUUUCAGGCAAGUCCUCUCUCAUCGUUCACAAAAGAACACACACAGGAGAGAGACCGUAUCCAUGCUCUGUGUGUGGAAGAGCAUUCUUGACUAAAAGUCAUUUAUGGAGGCACAAAAGAGUUGUUCAUUCACAGCAAAGGCAAUCCACUGGCCACACAGCAAAGGCAAGCCACACAGGAGAAGGGUCUAAAUUGAAAUACUUUGGUCUCUAUGAAUGUGAUGUAUGUGGGAAAUUGGUUACACGCAAGAGCAGUUUAGUCCUUCACAAAAGAACACACGCAGGAGAGAAACCGCAUUCCUGUACUCAGUGUGGGAAAGCCUAUUUGCAUGCGAGUACUUUAAGGAGGCAUAAAAAAGUUGCUCAUUCACAGCAAAAGCAUUCCACUGGCCUCACAGGAGAAGGGUCACAAGUGAACUCAAGGAAUCCUGUAAGGUCGACAUCAAAGUACUAUGAUUCCUGUGAAUGUGAUGUAUGUGGGAAAAUACUUUCAAACAAGAACUGUCUACGUCUUCACAAAAGAACACACACAGGAGAGAGACCCCAUCCCUGCACUCUGUGUGGAAAAAUGUUCAGGACUAUAGGUAAUUUACGGCGUCACCAACACGUUGUUCAUUCACAGCCAAGAUACUUUGAUCCCCAUAAAUGUGACGUGUGUGGGAAAAUGCUUGCAAACAAGAGAGGUCUUGUCCAUCACAUAAGAACACACACGGGAGAGAGACCGUAUUCCUGCUCUGUGUGUGUAAAAACAUUUAGGUUUUCAAGUAAUUUCUGUGGCCACAUGAAAAAAUAUCAUUCGCAGCAAAGGCAAUCCACUGACUCUCCCAACGCUGGAAGCCGUCAGGAGGUGAACAGAACUUUACAAAGUAUUCUCACCCAGCAUUCCACUACUGCUCCACCAGAAAAUACACCUGACUCACCCAAAGCUACAGGCCAUCAAGAGCGUGACCAAACCUCAAUGCAAUCAAGUAGUCUCAAACAGCACCAGACCGCUCACCCACUACAUAAACGUAGAAGGCCUAGAAAAAGAACAAAAGGGAGAAAAAAUGAGCUGUUUGAAUGUGAUGUGUGUGAGAAAAUGCUUUCAAGCCAGGAAUGUCUAAAUGUUCACAGAAGUCUGCACACAGGUGAGAAGCCAUAUGCUUGCGCUCGGUGUGACCAAACGUUCCGCCAGAGCGGUUCUUUACACAAUCACGAAAGUGAGUGUGGAAGAACAUAUGCUUGCACCCAGUGUGACAAAACUUUCAGAUAUCGAAGUUCCUUAUGCAAACACAAAAGGAAGUGUGGGAAGACAUUAGGAUCUUCAAACAGUUUACAAGUUCAACAGAAAGUUCACAGAAAAGGAACUAAACAGAAAAGAAAAUACUUGGUGAAUGAAUGUGAUGUGUGUGGGAAAAUACUUGCAGACAGGGUAUCUCUUGCUGAUCAUUUAAGAUUACACACAGGAGAGAGGCCAUAUGCUUGUACUCAGUGUGACGAAACUUUCAGCCGUAGAGCUUAUUUAUACCGUCACAAAGGGACGUGUGGACAGACAUUAGGAUCUGCAAGCAGUUUGCAAGUUCUCCAGAAAGUUCAUGACCCGCAAAUUCAAACCGCUGAGUCACCAAACACAGGAAGCCAUCAGACAGAGGAGAAUAAUCGUGCAAAUGUAACGCCUGAGCCCCGCAACGACAAUUUCACAGCCCCCACAGGAGAACAGCCUCACGCUUCCACCAAGUGUGAUUUAAAUGUACGAGUUCACCAGGAAGUUCAAAAUGACCUGCAAAACCAACCCACUGAGUCGCCAAACACUGGAAGCCACCAGGCAAAGAAGGGUGAUUGUGCAAAUGCAACGUCUGAGCCCCGCAAUGACAAUCACACCGUCCAAACGGGUGGGCUUCAUGACUGCGGUCAAUGUGGAAGGACAUUCAGCUCCUCGAGCAGUUUACGAAUUCAUCAGAAAAUGCAUCACACGCGAGGAAAGCCUUGUUCUGCCUCACCACAUGAUCUUGCAUCCACUGGUGAUGGAGUCACGUCCACUCACCCAGCCAACACCGCAAGUCAUCAGGUGGAGGAGGAUGAUAGCACUGACACAAAACCUGAGCCCCGCAAUGUGAACCAAACUGCUCACCCAGGAGAACGGCCUCAUGCCUCCACCAGGUGUGACAAUUUAGAUGUACAAGUUCACCAGAAGGUUCAUGACGCACAGGAAUGUUCAUCCACUGACUAACCCAACACCGAAAGCGGUCAAGAGGUGGACCAAACCUGAAUACAGAGGGACAUUCACUUGUGAACUUUAAUCUCCUGAACUCCUGCAGUUGGUCUAUACAUCUGUCCGAUGAGUGCAAGAAAAUGUUUUCAUUACUGUAUAUUUAGCAGCUUGUUCAUUCAAGGUAUGUUUGCAGGUAUAGCCUGUCUUUACUGAAAGCUUUGAAGAUACUACACAGUUUAGAUUGUAGGUUAUUGUCAUGUUAUUGAAAGGUUUAUGUAAUUGUUGAAAAGUUGUUGUUCUCCUUAGCUCUGAGCUGAAAUGAUCAGUAAAGUUAUAAAUGUAAGCAAUAAUAAAUGGCUGUAAAGUCAAAUAUA